CAUAUCAAUAAUAUUUCCAUUUUCAUAGUACUGUAUUGUUUUUUGUGCUCCAAAUCAUAAAUUUCAACACCGCCGCAGAAGAGUUAUCAAAGCAAAGAGGCCAAGGGAAAAGAAGCAAUGACCAGCAAAGAAGGAAUCGAUAGCAAUCCUGUCGAGAGGGAAGACAUAGAGGAAGCAAUCGAMACUGCUAUUGUGAAGCGAAAGGACGACGACGAUAGUUGUAAGGACGAGGAUUGUGACCGUCAUGAAGUCGAUGAAACAAACCCACCCUACCUCGACUUUAUCAGAGCAAAAACGAAGGGAUGGGGAUGGAUCAUAUGCAGCGCUGUGAUCGUCGCCUAUUCGCUGGCUGCAUUCAUCCUAGAUUUUCGACGUGCACUAUUCCUCUUCGUUGUCGAGGUUUUGGUGGUGACUCUUGUUGCCUUUCAAUACGUCACGGAUCGCUUUUGCCUGGAACAAAAGACCCGAAUCAUGGACUCGAUCAUCGACUGGUUYGUCGAGGAUCUCGAAGAGAGCAAGAUUGCCGCGGGUGUGCUACUAGUUGCUAUGAUCGCCAUCAUCGGGGUCAUGACCAGGGACCCCAUGAAUCUCGUCAGUGCCAGUGGGUUGGUCGUCUUCUUGGGUUUAUCGUGGCUCACCAGCUACAAACCCUGGAGCGUCCGCUGGAGGCCAGUAAUCUCGGGAGUCUUUUUGCAAUUCUUGCUGGGGGUUCUCAUUUUGCGGGUGGAACCGAUUGCGCAAGCCUUUCAGUGGCUGGGCGAUCAGGUUGCCAUCUUCUUAAAUUACACCAAUUUCGGGGCCAUGUUCGUUUAUGGCUUCCUAGCCGACUCGAGCCUGAACGAGACCCCUCUUGCGACGGCAGACGGGGGUGAAUACUAUUUGUACCCRCCCUUUUAUUUUACCGUCCUCAGUGUCAUAUUUUUCUUUUCCUCCGUCGUUUCCAUUCUAAGCUACAUCGGCGUGAUCGGAUACCUCGUCAAGAAAGUUGGCCUGACACUUGCCAUGCUGAUGGGUACCUCAGGACCGGAAACCUUUAACUGUGUGGCUAAUAUGUUCUUGAGCAUGACAGAAUCGCCACUGCUYAUCCGGCCCCUCCUCUCGGAGGUAACGGAAUCAGAACUCCAUGCCGUUAUGACGGCCGGCUUUGCCUCGGUGGCUGGGUCCGUCCUGGCGGCCUACAUUUCAUUCGGGGCCUCCCCAAGUGACCUAUUGGCGGCUUCCAUCAUGUCGGCUCCAGCAGCUCUGGGAAUUUCAAAGUUGAUCUAUCCCGAGACCACCGUUCGGCGCGAUCGGGAGUCCCUCUUCGACCUGGAAAUGGCCAAGUCCGUGGAUCCCAAUAUUGUGGCYGCCGCCUCGAGUGGCGCAUCGCUCGCCGUGGACAUGGUCCUCCAGAUCGGUGGGCAAUUGAUUUCCAUCGUGGCUCUGGUAGCWAUGGUCGAUGGAUUUCURAGYGGAAUCGGGAAGCUGAUCGAUGUGUCUUUGUCCUUCAACCUUAUCUGCAGUUACAUCUUUUAUCCAUUUGCAUUUCUUAUGGGGGUUCCCAUGGCCGAUUGUCUUCARGUUGCGUCCCUGAUCGGCACAAAGAUUGUAGUCAACGAAUUUGCCGCCUAUGCCCAGCUCGGGGUAAUGAUCCGCGARGGAAGCCUCUCGGCRCGAUCCAUCACCAUUGCCACCUAUGCGCUGUGUGGCUUUUCGAACAUAGCAAGCAUAGGCGUCUCGGUGGCAGUCUUGUCGUCGCUGACGGAACCCAGAAUGAAGCCAAUUAUUGUUAGACUUGUCACCUCGGCGAUGAUUGCUGGCAAUACGGCGUGCUUCAUGACGGCAUGUGUGGCAGGUUUGUUUUACACCUCGUCCAUCGCUUCCGAUCCAAACAACAUCGACCCAUUGGUGGACCAGGCUGGGAAUAUGACCGCCCUCUGAGCACGGUCGAUUUAUGUUCCAGGAGUAGGCCAGCCAGUUUUUGGGACAGGCUGUGAAGCCGAGGAAUGUCCUGGAGGGACUACUCGCAUGCCACAAUUGUGAUGGAGGUGAUGACACGGUAUGUGAAUAUGUGUUGUAGGAAGCCAUUCAUUUGAGAAUUAUAUUAAUGUACAAAUCUAUCCGUGCAGUCAAUGAUAUGUACACGAUGAUGAAAUCAACGUAAUCAAACUACUUUUAGUUU